AAAGACUGAUGCUCUGAAAAAAGAAAUCCAGAGAAAGAAAGAUGAACUGCAAAUCUUAAAUUUUGAAAUUGAAAGGUCCAAGCAAGAAAUGGCAGAAAACAGAGAACAGUUUGAAAAAGAGAUGGAAAAAUUAACUCAGAAAAGAGCAGAUUUACUGACAGAAAUUGAUCAGCGAGCCAAGACCAAAAUAAAGAAGAAAGAUGUAAAAACAAUGGUGGAGAGUGAAACACAGACCCAAGCUGCUUUACAAAUUGACAGAGAGGACACUGAAGAAGACCAGACAGAUGCUGAAUUGCAGGCUGAUCUCCAGAAACAGAUGGAUGAACUAGAAGAACUGAGGAACACAAUUGAGGUGGAAAAAAAUCAGAUCGAAAAGAAAAAGCUCACAUUAGAUCAACAGCAGCAACAGUUAGAAGACAUCAUGGUGGCCAUCAAAUGCGAGAGAGAUGUGCUUGAGAAAGAGAAGUCUGAACUUGAUAAACACAUACAUAUACUCAAUAAAAAUAUCCAGACAAAACAAGAAGAGCUUGAAAAGCUUAAUAAUAACAUUCAAAAGGACAAAAAAGAGAUUGAAAACAGCAAAAAGAUAAAUGAAAGUGAAAAAUAUCGUAUCGAAAAGGAGAGAGCUGAUUUAAACAGACUGAAGAAAGAGGCUGAAGACAAAAAA